AGGGCCAAGGAUGCGGAGCAAAGUCCAGGCACAUGCUGACUUUGCCCCUCCAGCAUUUUUUAUUCCUUCUCUAGGUCUGAAAGGAGAUCUGUCCCCUCCGUCUUGCACCCUUCUGACCCCCAGCAUGGCGUUGCCCAUGAGGAGUUUGCUCACCAACCCUGACAGAUACCUCCGGUCGUUCCGCCUGUUCCUGGAGAAGUCGACAGAGCAUCAGAGCAUGCGGGAGUUCAUGGAGAGGCAGCUGCCGGAUGUGAUAGCGAGUAUUGGAAAUGGGAAGUCUACAAUCAAUGUUCUCAGCAUUGGUGGUGGAGCAGGUGAGAUGGACCUGCUGAUCCUCUCAAAAGUACAAGCCAGAUAUCCUGGAGUCGCCAUCAACAAUGAGGUGAUAGAGCCAAGUGCUGACCAAAUCUCCAAGUACAAAGAGCGUGUGGCUCAGACAUCAAACCUUGGGAAGGUAAAGUUUACCUGGCACGAGGAGACAGCUGAUGAAUAUGAAAGUCGAAUGAAUGCAGAAAAGAAGUCUAAAAAGUGGGACUUCAUUCACAUGAUCCAGAUGCUCUACUAUGUGAAAGAUAUCCCAGCAACUGUCCGGUAUUUUCACAGCCUCCUGGAAUCACAGGCAAAGCUCCUCAUUAUCCUGGUGUCAGUUACUUAACCUGUCCAUUUGGAUAUUCACAAAACGUGAAUAAAGGAAGGAACACAUGCUUAUUCAAAAUUAAAAUUAUUAAAGUUCUGAGUUCACAAAGAGGAUUUGAAGUCCUCUUUGGACAAUGUAACUCCCUGUUUUCUGAUGGAGCAGAAGUUGCUGGAACCAACAAAAAAGUGUGAGAGAGAAACAGGGCUCAGAAUAGAAGAGAGGAAGGCAAGGGAAAACCUUGGGGGAAACAAGAGAAUAGAGAGGAAGGAAGAAGUGCCAUGAAAAUGAGCACUGAAGCAAAAAGAGGUACUGAAAGAUCAGCAGAACAAAAUUCAUUUCAUAAAAGGAAAUGUCAUCUCCAACACAAACACAUCAGGCUGUGUUAAUUAAAAACCAGUCGCUGGUAGGACAGGGCUUGGGUCAGUUGGUGGAGUUGCAAUCCCUCCUGCUCCGACCCUGCCGGGAGAGCAGGCGAGUUGCAGGAGCUAUGGAUCUGUUUACAGCGCCCUGAAAACAAAAGCAGUGCCAUAUGCUGAGCCUGUCGAGGGCCAUUAUAAUAAUGCUGCGUUCAGGUACUGUAUAAUUGCUCGGCUCAGAGGCGGCACUGAGUCACACAACACUGACACCAGCAAAUUUCCUGCAAUUAACGCUCUGCAUUCAAUUGCCACCAGGUGAAAGAAAAUAUUGUAGCCUCUCUUCUAAACACCAAACUGUUUAUUUGACUAUAAAUAACUGUUUGCAGAUAAAGCAACCGCAAAACCGCGGAGCAACUGGUUUUAGGAUUUAGGGAGAAUUAUAGUUGUAACUUUGAAGAGCUGCUCAUUAGGCCUGAAGUUAUUUUCAUCCUGUCCAGUCAUUGUGGGUGAUCCUUUUAAAAAUGAUUUACAGCAGAACUACUGAAUCAGACAUCCAGACUGAGGGAAAAUAAAGAUGUGAAGACAUAACUCGGGACUUUUCAAAUCACCCAGCUGGUUUUGUUUUGUAAAAUGUCUCUUGAGAAGAGGUACAUGCAUCGGUUUGAACUGCUCUGGCCUCAUCUGGGGGCUUUGGGGAGAGGUGCUGGAGCUCCAGGGUAGAUAAUGUGCACCACUCCAGCACUCCCCAGACCUGAGGCACAGGAGCAGGGAGUCAGCCCUCUCCACCAUCCCCCAGAACACACUCUAACUCUGGAAAGAUCCUGCUCGCAGUGGUGACAACUGCUAAAAAACCAGAGAUGAUCAAAAAUGUGUUCAAAUAAUGCUUUUCCUUACUCCUGAGCAUUUUUCUGGUGGUUCAUCUCUUAGGAAAGAGUGGCUGGGAAACACUGUGGAAGAAGUACGGGUCUUCCUUCCCUUUGAAUGAUCUCUGCUCUUACGUUUCCUCUGGUGACUUCCCAAAGAUACUGGAUUCAGCAGGG